AGAAGAGUUAAAAAUCUGACACAUUUCACCGGAGUGUUUCUAGCUCUCACUCUUGCUCAUUCAAACCCCAUAACAUUCACUCUUUUAAUCAGAUCCAAACCCUUUUUUAUUGCAUAAUCUUUCUCAAGAUUUUGUUCUACUUCUUCCUCCUCCUCGUAAACCCCAAAACAUUCUUCAAAAAAUGAUCACAAUUCCAAUUAAUCAUCGUCCAAAACACGUUUCCUCAUCUGGGUUUUCACGCAAUACUCAUAUGAAAACAUAUAUAUAAAGUUAUUGAUAAAUGUGCACCCUUUGGGUCAAAUGCGAUUUCUUACAUCUUUACUGACCUUUUUGAAUAUUGGGUUUUAGUCUUUUGACAAAAAGAUGGAUUCUUGUUGUGUUAGUUUCAAUCCAAACAUGCAUGUGCAAAAAAGACCCAAUUUUGUUGAAAAUGGGUUCUGGGGAAAGAAAAUAAACAGUUUUUGUAAAGUUUCAAGAACUGAAAGCAAGAGGUUGAAGAAGGUUGAAGUGGUUAGGUCUGUUGUUAAAGCACCAGUUGAUGAGGAGAUUUUGAGAUUUGAGAGUCAGUUUUUUGAUGAGAGAAAAGUAGAGCCUAAAACAGUGGCGUCCAUUAUCUUGGGUGGAGGUGCAGGGACCCGACUGUUUCCUCUUACUAACAAAAGAGCUAAACCAGCUGUUCCAAUUGGUGGAUGUUACAGACUCAUUGAUGUUCCAAUGAGUAAUUGCAUUAACAGUGGGAUAAGGAAGAUCUUUAUCUUGACACAGUUUAAUUCUUUUUCGCUCAAUCGUCACUUGGCUAAAACUUAUAACUUCGGAAACGGCAUGAGUUUCGGGGAUGGAUUUGUGGAGGUUUUGGCUGCCACUCAAACACCGGGAGAAGCAGGAAAGAAGUGGUUCCAAGGAACAGCAGACGCGGUUCGCCAGUUUAUAUGGUUGUUUGAGGAUGCCAAGAACAAGAAUGUUGAAAACAUUCUAAUUCUUUCAGGAGACCAUUUAUACCGAAUGGACUAUAUGGACUUUGUCCAGAAACAUGUUGACACAAAUGCUGAUAUAACGGUUUCUUGCAUUCCCAUGGAUGAUAGCCGAGCAUCGGACUAUGGGCUAAUGAAGAUUGAUGAAACCGGACGAAUUGUCCAUUUCGCUGAGAAACCAAAGGGCAACUUGCUAAAAUCGAUGCAAGUUGACACCACUCUUCUCGGGUUAUCUGACUAUGAAGCCUUACAAAACCCGUACAUUGCAUCGAUGGGCGUUUAUGUAUUCAAAACCGACGUUUUGCUAGAACUUUUAAAAUGGAAGUACCCUUCAUGCAACGACUUCGGGUCUGAAAUCAUUCCUUAUGCUGUUGCAGAACACAAUGUUCAAGCGUAUCUGUUCAAAGAUUAUUGGGAGGACAUCGGUACGAUAAAGUCUUUCUUCGAUGCCAACUUAGCGCUUACUGAACAGCCUCCAAAGUUUGACUUCAACGAUCCAAAGACCCCGUUCUUCACAUCUCCACGAUUCUUGCCUCCUACAAAAGUCGAAAGAUGCAGGAUUAUCGAUGCAAUAAUCUCUCAUGGAUGCUUCUUGCGAGAGUGUAGUGUCGAACACUCUGUGGUCGGUAUACGUUCUCGUUUGGAUCAAGGCGUGGAGCUAAAGGAUACCAUGAUGAUGGGUGCAGACUACUACCAAACUGAUUCAGAAAUCGCGGCUCUAGUGGCAACCGGUCGAGUCCCGAUCGGUGUCGGACCGAACACCAAAAUAACGAACUGCAUAAUCGAUAAGAAUGCGAAGAUCGGGAAAGAUGUGAUCAUUAAAAACAAAGAUAACGUAGAAGAAGCGGACAGAUCGGAUGAAGGGUUUUAUAUAAGAUCAGGGAUAACAGUCAUCAUCAAGAACGCAACGAUCAAAGAUGGAACUGUUGUGUAAUAACAUGCAUUUUCGUUUCGAUGGAACUGUUAGCAGGUAGAAAUACUCAGUCGUUUGUUUUGUAAUAAAUAAAGAAAUUAUUUAUAAUAAAUAAAUUAUGUAAUCUUAUUUGUUUUGUUAUAUAUGUUAGAAAUAAAUAACUUUCUGGUUCA